UUUUAUUUUUAUGUUUUGGUUUGGAGUUCCAACUUGACCUUUUUCGGCAAUUUACUGGCGAAUCUAUUUUCGUUCAAAAUUCAAUCAUUACGCAUUAUUUUCGUCCGAGCUUGCAAUAGGAGGGUAAGUACCAUGAUAGGGCUUACUACUUCCAGUUUGUGUUUUCGGAAUAUUGUGUUGAUGCUCGAUUCUUUGACUUUGAUUUAUUUUCAUUGAUUGUUUGAAGUGUGUACGGAUUCGAUACGAACUAUACAAGGUUACACGUUACAAACGUCAGUUAUCUUAAGAGGUCAAAGCUCCACAGUUUCUUGUGGCGAUUCACCGGAAAAACACCGCCGCCGAUGGAGCCAGUAGCGAUCCGGUGGUGCGCCCCCACAUUGAUUCUCCUGGUCAUGCUCCUCAUUCAGCCGACCAUGUCGAUCUACUGCGAUGAGGACGACUGUUACGAUCUCCUAGGGGUUUCCCAAAGUGCCAAUGCCUCCGAGAUUAAGAAAGCAUACUACAAGCUAUCGCUUAAACAUCAUCCGGACAAAAAUUCUGAUCCAGAAUCCAAGAAGCUGUUCGUGAAGAUUGCUAAUGCUUACGAGAUUUUGAAAGAUGAAGCCACGAGGGAGCAGUAUGAUUAUGCAAUUGCACAUCCGGAAGAGGUAUUGUACAACACAGCAAGGUACUAUCGUGCUUACUAUGGCCACAAGACAGAUACUCGUGCUGUCCUUGUGGGUCUUCUUUUGGUGCUUUCAGGAUUUCAGUAUCUGAACCAGUGGACAAGGUAUAAUCAGGCUAUAGAUAUGGUAAAAAAGACUCCUGCUUACAAGAACAAGCUAAAGGCAUUGGAGCUUGAACGCACUGGAGGGACGACAAAUAAGAGAAAGGGAAACAAGCAGAUAAAUAAGAAAGUGGAGGAAGACUUUGGCAAGGAACUUGAACUGCAGAUAAAGGGAGCAGAGAAGCCAUCUGUUUGGGAACUUGUUGGCAUUCGUUUCAUCUUACUGCCUUACACUCUUGGAAAGAUGAAUCAACAAAGGACGAUCUUGUUCAAAGACGCCUAUGGGAAAAGCCCAACUUGGAGACUUACCUGGCCGAAAUGCGGAAAGAAUCAAAACGACGAAGAUAGAAAAAGAAAAGACACAGAACUCGAGUGACUUUUGAGGCGGGAAGCCAAGUCCACCAUUCAAUAUAGACUGAGACGUUGUUGCUGGACAAACGAUAGGGAAUGGAUGUCAUGAUGGUAUUACAAACUAAAGAUACGGCUUAUAUCGUGAGUGUCAAAAUUUAUGGACUCAAUUAUGGUGUAACAGCUUAUUUUACUGAUAGUUAUUACAAACUUCAGUUUAUGGCUGGUUAGGAUUUUUACCCGACUUUUACAUUGUUACUGGAGUCUUCAUUUGGGAUGAGACAGAUUGAUGAGUGUUUGUGUCUUAAUCUGAAGGUUCAUUUUGCUGUUUUUUCUAUCUCCAUGCAAUUAUUUAUGCAGGACUCUGACGUUUCUAUAUUGUACAAGGUUUAAACUUUAAUGUG